AUGCAGAUGGCUCAGAGCAGACAAAAGAGUUACGCUUAUGUUAGGCGAAGGGCGUUGGACUUUGGCGUCGGCGACCACGUUUUUCUUUGUGUGGCACCAGUUAAGGGAGACCUACGUUUUGGUAAGAAAGGAAAACUUAGUCCGAGGUAUAUUGGUUCUUUUGAGAUCGUGAAGCGCAUUGGCCCAGUCGCUUACAAGUUGGUCUUGCCCCCGUCGUUGGAUGCAGUGCAUAACUUGUCCUAUGUGUCCAUGCUGAGGAAGUAUGUCCAUGACCCUUCUCAUGUCUUUGAUCACGUACCACUGCAGUUAGAUGAAACCUUGUGCUAUAGGGAGGUACCUAUUGAGAUCUUAGCAAAAGAGACCAAGGUGCUGAGGAAUCGAGCGAUUGACUUGGUGAAGGUCCUGUGGAGGAAUCACCAAGUGGAGGAAGCUACCUGGGAAAGGGAAGAUGAGAUCAGAGCCCGCUAUCCUAAGUUGUUUGAUCAAUGA